AUGCAGAUUGGUGUCUUCAUCCCCAUCGGCAACAAUGGUUGGCUCAUCUCAACCAACGCGCCUCAAUACAAGCCGAGCUUCGAAUUGAAUAAGCAAAUUGUCCAGAAGGCAGAGAAAUAUGAUUUAGAUUUCGCCCUCUCCAUGAUCAAGUUAAGAGGAUUCGGUGGUAAAACCGAGUUUUGGGACCACAAUCUCGAAUCCUUCACACUUAUGGCUGCUUUGGCAGCAGUAACAACCAAAAUCAAGCUCUUCGCAUCCUCAGCGAUUCUCACUUUACCUCCUGCUCUUGUUGCUAGAAUGGCAACGACGAUUGAUUCAAUAGCCCCUGGACGAUUCGGGGUCAACAUUGUCACUGGGUGGCAAGAAGCUGAAUACAGUCAAAUGAGCAUCUGGCCCGGAAAUACCUAUUUUGGAUAUCGUUACGAAUACGCCACGGAAUAUGUACAAGUCAUGAAAGACCUCUGGGCAAAUGGAGUGUCGAACUUCAAAGGAAAGCACUUCACCAUGAAUGAUUGUAAGAUGUCACCAAAGCCAUCUCAUGACAUCAAGAUCGUAGCAGCAGGACAAAGUGGAAAGGGGUUGGAAUUCGCUUCGCAGUACGCCGACUUCAACUUUGCUAUGGGCUCUGGUAUCAAUACACCUACUGCAGUUGCACCAGCCAAUGCCAGAUUAGUCGAGGCAGCCGAGAAGACAGGCAGAGACGUCGGUGCUUACGUUUUAUUCAUGAUGAUCGCAGAAGAAACAGAAGAGGCAGCGAGGAAGAAGUGGGAGUUCUAUAGAGAAGGCGCCGACACGGAAGCUCUUGCCUGGAUGGCAGAUCAAGGUGGAAAAGACACGAAGAUGGAUGAUAACGCGACGGCGAAGACUAUUAAUCUGCCAGAGGGGGCGGUCAAUUUCAAUAUGGGCACGCUGAUUGGCAGUUUUGAACAGGUUGCGAAAAUGUUGGAUGAUAUCGCUGAGUUACCGGGGACGAAGGGGAUUAUGUUGACUUUUGAUGAUUUUCUUGAGGGGUUGGAUAAGUUUGGGGAGAAGGUGCAGCCGUUGAUGAAGUCGAGGGCGAAGGUUGGUGCUUAA